CUUUGCUGGGUUUCACCAGAAGAGGGUAGAGUUUGGAAGGGACUCCUCGCAGCCUGGGCUCCUUAUUGUGUUGGGAAACAGCAAAGGGAAAACAAGCACAAGUUUCUCCUCUGCAUGCUUGCACCGACUGACUGUGUGCAAGAGUCAGCAGAUAAACUCUGGAAGACCUUAAAGUAAAAAGAAAACGGAAAAAGAAACAAAAUUCAAAAGCAGCUUUCUAGGGAAAUCUGUGGAAUCGAACAGAGAAGCUGCAACAGUUUUCUGUGGGCUCACCCUGCUGAUUGUCUCUCUGAGAACUGUCACUCACUGCACGUUGCAUUAAUCAGAGCACAGGAUUUAUUUCUCGGCCGUGACUUCCAACCUGUGAAUAAAUAUCACUUUUAGAGAGAGAAUGGGACCUGAAAAGACUCUCGAGCACUGAACAGAGGGGUGAGUUUUAUUAAAUGGCUUCUUCUCUUUCAAAUCUGCUGGAGCUUUCUAACAUCCUGCUUGCAGGCACAGCAGCCUGAUGACUUGUCUUUUCCCUGCCGCUUGUUGCAUACCUCAAGAGGCUUUCCUGACCGCAGGUUUAUUUCUGUAACCUUUCCCACCACUACUCCGGGUCAGUUCGGUAACAUUUGCAAUAGAGCUGACUCGGUGCUGAUUUGCUUUCAUGAGACAUUAAAACCACAAAGCUUUGAAACCAAACAGCAGGCUAAAAAUCAAGUAAAAUCCAUUACAAUUAAAAUGGCAGGUGACUCUAGGUUUCCAGAUGUGGACACUGACGGAUCAGAAAAAAAUGAAGAAACGGAGAUUGUUGUCAAUGUCGGUGGGGUAAGGCAGGUGUUUUAUGGAGAUAAACUGAAUCAGUACCCAGAAACACGGCUGGCAGAGCUGAUCAACUGUUUAUCGGGGGGAUACGAUAGCAUAUUCUCCCUCUGUGACGACUAUGAUCCUGUAAAGAGAGAGUUUUACUUUGACAGAGAUCCAGAUGCUUUCAAAUGCAUUAUUGAUGUGUAUUACUUUGGGGAAAUUCACAUGAAGAAAGGAAUAUGUCCCAUAUGUUUCAAGAAUGAAAUGGAAUUUUGGAAAGUGGAUCUGAAAUUUUUGGAUGACUGCUGCAAAACUCAUCUAAGUGAAAAAAAGGAGGAACUGGAAGAAAUAGCCCGAAGGGUGCAACUGAUUCUGGAUGACUUGGGAGUAGAUGCCUCGGAAAGUCGCUGGAAAAAGUGCCAAAAAUACAUCUGGAAAUUUCUGGAGAAGCCAGAAUCAUCCUACCCAGCUCGAGUGAUUGCUGUUCUGUCCUUUCUGUUUAUUUUGAUAUCCUCCAUUGUGAUGUGUGUGGGGACCAUCCCUGACCUGCAGGUCAUAGAUGCGGAGGGGAACCGUAUGGAGCACCCGACCCUGGACAGCAUAGAGACAGCCUGCAUAGGCUGGUUUACCGUGGAGUAUGUGCUGAGGCUUAUCUCCUCUCCCAACAAACUCCACUUUGCCCUGUCUUUCAUGAACAUUGUUGAUGUGCUGGCAAUACUUCCUUUCUAUGUCAGUCUGACCUUGACCCACCUGGGAGCCAAGCUCAUGGAGCUGAGCAAUGUCCAGCAGGCUGUCCAGGCACUGCGCAUCAUGAGGAUCGCGAGGAUUUUCAAGCUUGCACGGCACUCCUCGGGGCUCCAGACUCUAACGUAUGCCCUGAAACGCAGCUUUAAGGAGCUCGGGCUGCUCCUCAUGUACUUAGCUGUUGGAAUCUUUGUCUUUUCUGCCCUGGGUUAUACCAUGGAGCAAAGUCACCCCGAAACUUUAUUUAAAAGCAUCCCUCAGUCAUUUUGGUGGGCAAUCAUUACCAUGACCACAGUUGGAUAUGGAGACAUAUACCCUAAAACAACACUAGGAAAACUGAAUGCUGCCAUCAGUUUUCUUUGUGGGGUGAUAGCAAUCGCCCUUCCCAUUCAUCCCAUCAUUAACAACUUUGUCAGGUAUUAUAACAAACAGAGAGUUUUAGAAACAGCUGCCAAGCAUGAAUUGGAACUGAUGGAGCUAAACUCAGCUGAGGUGAAAGCCGCAAGCUUCAAAAGUGAACUAGAGGAUCUUGCAAGGGAAGGCAAGGAUGGUCCUUUUUAUAGCAGCCGGUUAAAAGUCUCCCACAGUGACACCUUUAUUCAUCUCCUGUCAGAAGAGAAACACUAUAGGACCAGGCUUCAAAGCUGCAAAUAAACUGUGAGUUGUUGUCAGUGCUAAACUAUAGAUCGAGACAACCUGACAAUCAACUACUGAAGACUCGUGGAAUCUGUCAGAGUUGGGAGGGAGCACUGCUUUGCUUUUCCAACGUGAAUAUAAAUUAACCCCAUGAUAUCUCCAUCAAGAGUUGGUAAGGUUUUGCCAUUAUUACCCAAAAUAAAAUAGUAGAACUCCAUUGAGAUCAGACUUCUUAUGAUGAGUGCAUUCAAACAAAACCCAUUUGUAACCAUUUUAGAGACUGAAAAGUCCUUCCUGAUCGGUAAAUGUUCGAUGAUCUGAAUGUGCAACCUUGCCACAUCAGAACUCUGUACCUGUGACAAUAAAGAGCAGCAUCACACAGA